CAGACUGGAGCCCAGGGGCGAUGCGGCUGCUGCCCCUGCUGCGGACUGUCCUCUGGGCCGCGCUGCUCGGCUCGCGCCUGCGGGGGUGCUCCAGCCUCCGCCACCCCGUCUACUGGAACUCCACGAACCCCAGGCUGCUUCGAGGGGAUGCCGUGGUGGAGCUGGGCCUCAACGAUUACCUAGACAUCUUCUGCCCACACUAUGAGCCCGGGCCCCCGGAGGGCCCCGAAACCUUUGCGUUGUACAUGGUGGACUGGUCAGGCUACCAGGCCUGCAAGGCACAGGGGGCAAACGCCUUUCAGCGAUGGAAGUGCUCUCUGCCUUUUGCUCCCUUUGGCCCUGUUCGCUUCUCCGAAAAGAUUCAGCGCUUCACACCCUUCUCCCUGGGCUUCGAGUUCUUGCCUGGAGAGACUUACUACUACAUCUCGGUGCCAACCCCGGAGAGUUCCGGCCGGUGCCUGCGCCUCCAGGUGUCCGUCUGCUGCAAGGGGAGCAAGUCGGAGUCGGCCCAUCCUGUCGGGAGCCCCGGCGAAAGUGGCACCUCUGGGUGGCGAGGAGAGCAUGCGUCCAGCCCCCUGUCUCUCCUGCUGCUGCUGCUGCUCCCGAUACUUCGUCUCCUGCGAGUUCUGUGAGCCAAGCACACCUUCCCUGUCACCCCAAGGAACCAGAGCCCUCCCCAAGAUCCUCUGUUGAAGGGGUUCCUGCUGCCGCAGCGGUGAUGCCUGCCGAGCCUGGCAGACACGAUGAAGCUUUGAUGUGCAAAGGCAGAGGAUCUGAGGUGACCCUUGUAGGUGACCGCCCCUCACCACAGGCUGAGGAGGAACUGCGAGGGAGCUGCAGACAGUGCAGGGCACCCUGGAGCCUAAGCUGCUCUGAUGGCUUCGUGUCUCCUCCCACCCGGAAGACUGGGGUUGGGUGGGAUCAAAUCCUUGAGCCACUGGGGGCCAAAGCCAAAGACCUGGGAACAGGUGGGUUCCUGGCCAGGAGCAAAGGAGAAGCCAUCUGUGCCCUCUAGGCCUCUUCCCAGGGGCAAUUGUUGCCCUCCCAGGGGGCCAGUUCACUUGUCUUCUGUGAAGACGGACUUGCCAUGAGGUUGAAUUUCAUGCUGGUUUGUAUUUUUAUAAGUGUUUGGACCAAACCUUCAAUAAAUCACCCAUUCUCAUGGGGCAUGGUGGCUCACACCUGUAAUCCAGCACUGGGGGGGUGGGGGGUGCAGUGAGCAGGAAGUCAGCCUGGGUACGAGAGACCCUGUCCCAAAAAAAUGGAUGCCAGUGAGAAGGCUCAGCAGAUUAAAGCCUUGACCACCUGUGUUCAGUCCCUGGACCCCACAUGGUGGAAAAGAGAGAACAGACUCCUGAAAGUUGUCCUUUGGGUACGCCACAUGGCAUGUCAAUGAACAUGCCACAGUGAACAUGAGAAUACGCACACACACACACAAAUAAUAAACUUUCGUUAAAAACCA